AUGCGGUCGAUAGCUUUUCUCUCGAUCUUCCUCUCCUCGGCGCUGGCCGCUCCAUUAGUUUCUUGGUCACCUGCUUUGGGCGAAUUUUAUGCGGCUGUCGAUAGACAUAUUCAGAUCGCGCGACAAGCUGGAGCCAUCAGCAGCCCACCAACGUGUGAUCUCUCCAAGGCGGUGAUGCCAGUUGCACCAACACCACUACCAUUGCCAGAUCCAAGUUGGAGGUUGUCCGAAGUCGUGGUCGGUCGAGGCGUACAGAAUUAUACAUGUUCACUAGCAACAAAAGAUGUCGUACCCAAGGCAGUCGGUGCCAUCGCCUCUCUAUACAACGUUUCUUGCAUAGCGGCGAAUUAUCCAGACAUCCUUGGCAUGCUUCCUGGCCUUGCACUUGAAUAUGCUUUGCCUGCAGAUCCAGUUGCCAACCUAGAACCAUCCAAUCUAGCACUUGCGGGACACCACUACUUCACUUCCAAUGGCACUCCAACUUUCGAUAUGAGCCAGCCGAGGUCAAUCAACGUCGCAAACCUAGCAUCAAUCCCCAUCACUGAUGGAUCCUCUGGCAUUACCAAAGCGAAGCUCGCUGUAAACUCAACAGCACCAGCGGAUGCGCCAAAAGGAGAGCAUGGGCAAGGAUUUGGCGCUGUACCGUGGCUGUUACUCAACUCUACUUUUGGCACGACUGGGGACGUCGUUGCAGUUUACAGAAUCAACACAGCAGGCGGAAAGGCACCUCCAACAUGUGAAAGCAGCCCUGCAUACUUCAGCGUGCAGUACGCGACAGAAUAUUGGUUUUACACGAAACCUAAGACUACGGGCUGA